AGCUCUCAGUUCAUGAGAGAAGAACCCUGAGGAACAGACUUACCUCGGCGAUCCUGGCACCUCCAACCCAACACAUGCUACUGCUACUGCUACUGCUGCCGCCCCUGCUCUGUGGGAGAGUGGGGGCUAACGAACAGGAUUACACGCUGACGAUGCAGGAGUUCGUGACGGUGCAGGAGGGCCUGUGUGUCUCCGUGCUUUGCUCCUUUUCCUACCCCGAAAAUGGCUGGAAUGACUCCAAUCCAGUUCAUGGUUACUGGUUCCGGGCAAGGGACCGUGUAAGCCGGAACACUCUAGUGGCCACAAACAACCCAGCUCGAGCAGUGCGGGAGGAGACUCGGGACCGAUUCCACCUCCUUGGGGACCCACAGACCAAGAAUUGCACCCUGAGCAUCAGAGAUGCCAGAAGGAGUGAUGCAGGGACAUACUUCUUUCGUGUGGAGACAGGAAAGACAAAAUGGAAUUAUAUGCAUUACCCGCUGUCUGUGCUUGUGACAGCCCUGACUCUCAUGCCCGCCUUCUCCAUCCCGGGGACCCUGGAGGCUGGCCACCCCAGGAACCUGACCUGCUCUGUGCCCUGGGCCUGUGAGCAGGGGAUGGCCCCCAUGAUCACCUGGAUGGGGGCCUCUGUGUUCUCCCUGGACCCCACUAUCACCCGUUGCUCGAUGCUCAGCCUCAUCCCAAAGCCUGAGGACCACGGCACCAGCCUCACCUGUCAUGUGACCUUGCCUGGGGCCGGCGUGACCACAACCAGGACUGUCCGACUCAACGUAUCCUACCCUCCUCAGAACUUGACCGUGACUGUCUUCCAAGGAGAUGGCACAGCAUCCACAACCUUGAGGAAUGGCUCAGACCUUUCAGUCCUGGAGGACCAGUCCCUGCGCCUCGUCUGUGCUGUCGACAGCAAUCCCCCUGCCAGGCUGAGCUGGACCCGAGGGAGCCUGACCCUGUGCCCCUCACAGCCCUUGAAUCCUGGAGUGCUGGAGCUGCCUCGAGUGCAUGUGAGGGAUGAAGGGGAAUUCACCUGCCGAGCUCAGAACCCUCUGGGCUCCCAGCACAUUCCCCUGAGCCUCUUCCUGCAAAAUGAGUACACAGGCAAAAUGAGGCCUGUAUCAGGAGUGACGCUGGAGGUAGUCGGGGGAGCUGGAGCCACAGUCCUGGUCUUCCUGUCCUUCUGCGUCAUCUUUGUUGUAGUGAGGUCCUGCAGGAAGAAAUCAGGAAGGCCAGCAGCGGGCGUAGGGGAUACAGGCAUGGAGGAUGCAAACGCCGUCAGGGGCUCGGCCUCUCAAGGACUCCUGAUUGAAUCCCCGGCAGAUGAUAGCCCCCCACACCAUGCUCCCCCCGCCCUGGCCGCCCCACCCCCAGAGGAAGAAGAGAUCCAGUAUGCAUUCCUCAGCUUCCACAAAGUGAGGCCUCAGGACCCACAGGAAGAGGAGGCCACCGGCUGUGAGUACUCAGAGAUCAAGAUGCCCAACUGAGAAACUGCAGAGACUCGGGCCUGUUUGAGGGUUUACAACCCCUCCAGCAAAGAAGCCCCAGGCUGAUUUCCUGUAGAAUUAACAGCCCUCCAUGCUGUGCAACAGGACAUCAGAGCUUAUUCCUCCUGUCUAACUGAAAAUACGUGCCUGAUGACCAAACUCUCCCCUUCUCCAUCCACUCAGUCCACACUCCCCGCCCCGGCCUCUGGUACCCAUCAUUCUCUUCUCUAGUUCUCUGAGGUCGACUAUUUUAGGUUCCACAUAUAGUGAGAUCGUAGAGUGUUUGUCUCUCUGUGCCUGACUUACUUCACUCAACAUGAUGUCCUCUAGGUUCAUCCGUGUUGUUCCAAAUAACAGAAUAAUGUAUUGAAUAUUACAAAACAGCUAAAAGAGAGAAGUUUAAAUGUUGUCACCAAAAAAAAAUUAAAUAUUUGAGCUGAUGCAUGUGCUAA